GCUUGCGAAGGAAGAGAGGCUGAUGAAACCAGAGCUGAGCUUUGCCAGAGAGCACAUUAUCGUCCGUGCGGGAGAGCCCUUCACCAUAACCUGCAGGGGCUUGCCUGGUUUGAUGUGGCUCUGGGGAAAUCACCCCUCUGAAGACGACGGGAGGUGGCGUGUCUACGAGCAGAAGUGUUCGGACAGGCCGUGGCUGACCUGCAGCACCCUUGCGACGGAUCGAGCUUUCACCAGCGACACCGGCUAUGUCACCUGCCUUUACAGCCAGUUCCGUUCUAGUGAAGAGCUCAAAGCCAGGAUCUAUGUGUUCGUCAAAGAUAACAAGAAGCCUUUUGUUGACCCCAACACGAAGCACCCCAAAGUGAUCUAUAUCCAUAAUGCUACUGAAGUGGUUGUUGUACCUUGCCGGGUCACCUCUCCAGAUAUUAUACCGGACCUGCAGCUGCAUGUGCCUGCCGCUGUGUUCAGCCAGAAGCGGAAGGAUUGGGACCCCAAGAGAGGCUUCCUGGUCACUUCUCCCUCCUUUGAGUUCUUCAGUGGCAUAAUCAAGUGUGUCGCUGAUGUGGAUGGAGUCACAUUCACAUCCUUGUACCUGCCACAGAAAGUGGAGGAUCGAAUACAGAACCUGGCUCUGAAAGCCAUACCGCAAAAGUUGCUGGUUGGAGAAACUCUGCAUCUGUUGUGCACUGCUGAAACAUUCUUCAAUGGGCGGAUUGUAUUUGACUGGAAAUUUCCAAAGGGGAAAGUGCAUAAACCUCUAAACACUUUGGACCUAAGUGAACCAGUGUAUAAAGCCACCAGCAAUGUGACCAUCCAGAAUGUGUCGGUGGAAGACAGAGGCCUGUAUGUCUGCAGAGGACAAAUUGCUAAUAACACAAGGAAGGAGCCGGAGACCAACAUCACAGUCACAGUAUACAGAGAACCUUUCCUCAGGCUUUUCUAUAAGAAAGAACAGAACUACGAGGCUAAGGUGGGGCAGAAGAUGCUGAGACUGGCUUGGAAGGUCGAUGCUUUCCCCCGCCCCAACGUGACCUGGUACAAGGAUGGCAACCCGAUAGCUGAGAACAACUCCUGCUAUGAGCUGGAUCCUCUGAAGUACAGACUGGUCAUAAGGGACCUGAGAGCAAAGCAUGCUGGGAACUACACCAUAUCCCUGAGCAAUACUAAACACGGCCUCUAUGAAAACCUCACCAGCCAACUGGUUAUACUGGAGAGACCCAAAAUUUAUGAAAAGGAGACUGAUUUAGACAAGAACAAAGACCAGGACCUGUUCACAAAAGGAGGAGAAUACAGCCUCAAGUGCACAGCAAGCGGGAUCCCUCUUCCCAGCAUACACUGGGCGUGGGAGGCAUGCAGCCCUCAAGACAAUCUGUGCAGAGAACAGGGGCAAAGAGCUGUGGUAAACCAGAUCACCAGCCAUGAAACUGCAUCCCGAGCCAAUACAAUCAAGGACAUAGAGGAAAAGAAUGUCCGGCAAGGUGACAAGGAUAAGAUCAUUAGCAUCCUGACAAUCACAGCAAGCAAUGUAUCCGGGAUCUACUUCUGCAUUGCUUCCAACAAGGUUGGCAUAGACGAAAGAAGCAUCAAGUUCUAUGUCUCAGAUAUGCCGUGCAAACUACAGACAGAGCAGCAGAUCACAGCGAUCGUGGCAAGCGAUGUUCAAAUGAUUUGCAAAGCCAACAAAUACAUCUACAACCACCUCUCUUGGUAUGAUCCCACCUUGCAGGCCAUUCCUGUCGCCUUGACCCAGCAGAAAGUUGACAACUAUUCCAUUUCCUUGACACUGGAUAUUAAGAAUGUUUCUCAAGCCCACGCUGGGCUGUACAAGUGCAGAGCACGAAGUCAUCUGACCAGCACUGAGGAACUGGAGAAAAGUACCUUGCUUCGCAUCAAAGUGAAGACAGCGCCCCACAUUAUGGAGAACUUCACAGACUUGGAGGUGAAUAUCAGUGGGAAGAUCGUUCUGGAGUGCAAAGUAAACGGGACUCCAAUCCCCAGAAUUGUUUGGCUGAAAAAUGGCUAUGCAAUCACCCCUGCUUCAGGGAUUUCCAUGGAGAACAACACCCUGGUGAUUGAGCGAGUGAAAAAGGACGACGAGGGUCACUAUGAGUGCAAAGCGUUCAAUGAAGUGGGCCAAGACAGCGCUAGAGCAUUUAUCAGGAUCCAAGGCUCUGAAGAGAAAUCCAACAUUGAAGUCAUCAUUUUGGUUUGCACCGGUUUAGCAGCCACCCUCUUCUGGCUCCUCCUGACCCUCUUUAUACGGAAACUGAGAAAACCGGAUGCCACAGAUAUUAAAACAGGAUACCUGUCCAUCAUAAUGGAUCCAGAGGAGAUGCCUCUGGAUGAACAAUGUGAGCGUCUCCCAUAUGAUAGCAGCAAAUGGGAAUUCCCCAGGGACAGGUUGCGCCUGGGUAAAACUCUGGGUCAUGGUGCUUUUGGGAAGGUGGUGGAGGCAUCUGCUUUUGGCAUAGAUAAAUCUUCAACCUGCAAAACAGUUGCUGUUAAAAUGCUUAAAGCAGAGUGUGCAACGACCAAUGAGUGCAAGGCUCUAAUGUCUGAACUGAAGAUCCUCAUCCACAUUGGACACCAUCUCAAUGUAGUCAACUUGCUGGGAGCUUGCACUAAGCCAGGAGGUCCUUUGAUGGUCAUAGUAGAAUACUGCAAGUAUGGAAAUCUAUCGAAUUACUUAAGAGGAAAAAGAGGGGACUUCAUUGCAUGCAAGCCCCAGGGGCAUUCUGGCUCCAGUGAGAAGGGCCUCGAGGAAUCCGACAGUGACUUAACGGAGCUGAUCAAGAGGCGGCUGGAGAGCGUGGCCAGCACAGGAAGCUCAGCCAGCUCAGGAUUCAUUGAAGACAAAAGUUACACAGACUCAGAAGAGGAGGAGGAAGAUGCUGAAGAUCUGUAUAAGCGCCCCCUGACCUUGGAGGACUUGAUCUGCUACAGCUUCCAGGUGGCCAAAGGCAUGGAGUUCCUCGCCUCAAGAAAAUGCAUUCACAGGGAUUUGGCUGCCAGGAACAUCCUACUGUCUGAAAACAACGUGGUGAAGAUCUGUGACUUUGGUUUAGCAAGGGAUAUUUACAAAGAUCCCGACUAUGUGCGGAAAGGCGACGCUAGACUUCCACUGAAAUGGAUGGCUCCAGAGGCUAUCUUUGACAAAAUUUAUACCACCCAGAGCGAUGUGUGGUCUUUUGGUGUGCUGCUGUGGGAAAUAUUUUCUCUAGGGGCCUCUCCGUAUCCAGGGGUGCAGAUUGAUGAGGACUUCUGCCGGCGUCUCAAAGAAGGAACACGGAUGAGGCUGCCAGAAUAUUCAACUCCAGAAAUCUACCAGACCAUGUUGGACUGCUGGCACGGAGUUCCAGCAGAGAGACCCACCUUCACAGAACUGGUGGAGCGUCUGGGGGACCUCCUGCAGGCAAAUGUGCAACAGGAUGGGAAGGAUUAUAUCCCACUGAACAUUCCACUGUGUCCAGACGGGGACUCCAACCCUAAAAUCUGCAUCCUGGAAGAGAACCUGAGCGACUGUAUCAAUCGCUGGAGUGCAGUGGAAGCAGGGAUCAACACUAAGAAUCGGCCACUCAGCGUGAAGACAUUUGAUGAGGUGCCAGUGGGGACAGAGAAAGCCACACAGGAGGAAUGCGAGUCAGAUAGUGGGAUGGUGCUGACCUUGGAUGAAAUCAAAAGCCGGAAGAGGCUGGAAAUCCGCUCCUGGCCCUAUGGGAUUAUGGCUCUGGCGAGAAAAGCUAUCAAUAAGAGCAAGGAAUCGGUGUUAACUGAGAGCGAACAUGGAUUUGUGAAAUACCAGUCGGCCACACAGGUAGAUGAGGACCCCCUGGAAGAUUCUGUCCUCCUGCACCUGGAUCCAAACCUGGAGUGCCACAGCCCCCCUCCAGACUACAACUCCGUUGUUCAGUUUCCUGCUGCCCCUUCCGUCUAGCUGACCUGCCCUCUCGCCUCUCUGUUGCCCUGCAGUAUUCUUGCUGCCUCCUGUUUCUACUGCCAGCUUAAAGGAAUUAGUCUUAAAGGGGCGGAGCAGCCACACGGCAGCCUGGUUUAUCUGCCCUGGGUCCAAAAUCCCCAAAGCAAAUGGAAAUCCUCGAGGAGCAGCCAGCUGAGUUGAAGUUUGUACCUUCCAUGCAGCAGAAUUUUUUUUAAAAAAGAAAAAAAUUAGGGGUUGCAAUUGCACAGACGUCAUCUUUAUUCUAUGUCUGUCUCCCAGCUUUGCAAUGUACCUCGUGGGUUAGAUCCUACCCUUCCAUUCUGCUGAUGGUGUCCCUAUUCUCCUCGGCCAGGAGCUGCCCCCUCUUUCUUUGAGCCACCUGCAGGCUGCUUGCCCCAGAGGAAAGCGCUACCAUUCACUGGACAGGGCCACACCUUGUGCUCCUCACGGGUUGCUCAGAAUGCACUGAACAUGCAGUUUAAAAAGCAAAAGAAAAAAACGACAGGAGUUAUUCUUCAGGGACUGCCUGUCCAAUUUGGGGUCUAAAGAAGAUUUGUUUUUAACUUGACUUUUAUUAUCAGCUGUUGAUUACUGCAAAUUGAGUGAACUGAAGAGCAGGAUUUAGUCGACUGGAAUCUUUUUUGCCUAUACAUAUUUUAUGGCAAUUAGCACAACUGAUUUGGACUGGGAAUCAAAUGCAGCAAAAUGUAGCUGCGGGAAAAUGUAAUUCCUUUGCUCAUCCAUGAGGACUCUUGUCUCUCGCUCUCUCUUUCUCUCAGCUAAAGGCCUGAGGGGAGGAAUCCAACCUACAAGCAUCUGUCCUUUCUGUGCCAGUUGAUGUGACUUGCAGGGCAUCCUCCAAAGAAUCCUGAGGAUUUGUUGAAAAGCACUCAGAAUUUGGUUAGAAGUUCCUAGCGCUAUUCCAGGAUACAGAAUGGCUAUGAAACCAGUUCCAAGUAUGCCCUGCAGUUGUGCUCUAGCAAUACUUUUCUCCAAAGAAAAUUAUUCCAAAUGCCUUAUUUAGAAAGCAGCCACUCUUGUUAUUCAGCUAAAAGAGAAAGGACUUUUAAAUAUGGUUCAAAGAAUGGGAUAUAUAAGGUAAUCAUGGUGACUCGCUAGCUACAAAGAGAUAAGAAUGAAAGCUAAAAGAAGCCUCAGGGAAGAGAGUCGUAUUGGGGAAGAGACAGUCAGAAGGUAGACUCUGGAGAACCCCACGAAACUGGGUAGAGAAGUUCCAGAAUGGCCAGUCUGUUUCUGUAUUCCAGCUUAUCAACUAAUGCUGAAGAAAAUGGAAUAGCCGUGUCUUUUUAUGCAACAAAUGUCCUUGAAACACCCAGUGAGCCUCAGUUAACCACGUAUAAAUUUAUGUAUGUCUCUGCUCAGAUAAGCUGCAGAUAGGACAGUAGAUGCUUGCUGUAAAAGCACUUAGCUGUUCACAUUCAUGAAUAAUCUGUUCAAUUAACUCUUGCUUUAGUAGCAUAAGAUGGUUUUGCUGUAAGUUCAUCUUUUGAUAUUGUGCCUUACCUUUUUAACUUAUGAGUGCGUGGAAACAUUUGCUUGUGAA